AUGAGUUGCAGCGUUGCAGUAAUCACGGACGAAUGCGCUUGCCCCAGGAGUUUUCAGGCAUCUUCAGGUAAUCGGUGUGUUGAGCCUUCUUUGGAAUCGUCUACAUCCGUGGCAUGCUUACAUUCCAAAAAUGACGGUGUCAAAUGGAAACGCUUUUUUCAUAAUUGUCGUGUCAUUGAGUUCGCAAUCACGGUGAUCAUGUACGGCUUUGCUCUAUGCUUUAAUAAGAUUGAGGUGGCUCAACGUGAAAUCCCAAACAUCGAGGUUCCAAUAAACUCAACAAUGUCAGUGUGGGUACGGGAUCCGACAAUCAAUAGAAGGGCGAAAGUGCAGCAAGUUCCUAUGUUUUCCCUUGUCAGCUUCGGCAUCGGAGCCCCGGUAAUCACCAAUUUUUUAAUUAAUUACGUGUUUCCCAAGUUUUGCCACGUGCGAAUUAUCCCUCAUGAUACACGUGAUUUUCUCUUGACGCUUGUGCAAUCUACUAGCAUGGCUACGCUGUUGACGAAGAACAUGGCAGGACGCUUUCGUCCAUGUUUCUAUGACAUUUGCGACUGGAACUAUGAUGAGGUUUGGGAUGGAGUCACUAACUUGUGCCGAAGUGCCUCAGGUGAAAAAGAAGGCCGCAAGAGCUUUCCAUCCGGGCACGCGUCAUAUGCAUUCGCGACGAUGCUUGUUCUUACGCUUUAUUUGCUUGGUCGAUCUUCACUGAGUUGCAAAAACAGAUCUGAGACCAUAACGCGGGGUGGAUUGAAUUUCCUGAAGUUCUUUCUCUGCUUCAUUCCAACGUUUUUGGCAGCCUGGGUGGCUGUCACUCGAACGAUCGAUAACUGGCAUCAUUAUGCUGAUAUCCUGGCGGGUAGUAUCAUCGGUGCUGUAUCUGCUUGCUUAUCGUAUAGCUACAACUAUGCUUCCAUCUUCCACAGUCGACAUGCAGGUGUCCCAUUGCACGGACACUACGCUACGGGCUGCAAAACACAACACUCAAACGAGUAG